UCCGCAGUGUGCUACGUUUGUUGCUGAUCACUUUUUUAGGCUACAGGAAAUAGAUUUCGGAACAUUGCCCAUGAAAGAUGUUUCAUUCUUUAAAUUGAUUCUUUAGCGCCGCCUUUGAAACAAUAUCAAGGUUAAUAUUUUGUUUGCUUUAAAAAGAAAGGUUGUACCUUUCAUUUUCAAAAAAAUUGUAAAAAUAUCAUCAUGUCAGGAACGACAUUCCCAUUAAAGGAAUUACCACUUUCACUUGAUGAUCAUGAAUUUGUUGUGCCACAGAAAGCAAUCAAAGUACCUGCUGACAUGUCAAUUUGGCAGAAAUCGGAGGCAUUUUUUGAAUACAUGGGUUUUAUAUUGGCUUUAAAUGAAUCUGUUCAAGGAAAAGCCUUAAAUGCAGAUUGCCCGCAAUCUGUUUGCGUUAAAAAGAUUAUAGAAAUGUUAGAGAAGUUCGAUGAAUGGAUCACAGAAAUUCCUCCAGCGGAACAACCACAACGCUUUGGCAAUAAAUCAUUUCGUAUUUGGCAUGCCAAGUUACAAUCGAGUGGAAUCGAGGAAUUAAAAACAGUAUUACCAAGUCAAAUGCACCGUGCUAUACCUGAAAUAGUAGAAUACAUGUAUGAAGGAUUUGGAAAUCCUACACGUAUAGAUUAUGGAACUGGACAUGAAAUGGCCUUUAUUAUGUUCUUGUGUUGUCUGUUUAAAAUUGGUGCUUUUAAACCCGAUGAUAGAACUGCUGUUGCUAUUAAAGUAUUCAACAGGUACCUUAUUUUAGUGCGUAGGCUGCAACUGGUUUAUCGCAUGGAGCCUGCUGGCAGUCAUGGUGUUUGGAGCUUGGAUGAUUAUCAGUUUGUUCCAUUCAUUUGGGGAAGUGCCCAAUUAAUUGGUCACCCACGCAUUGAACCUCAUCAUUUUGUGGAACAAGAUGUUGUCGAAUUAUAUGGCAAGCAAUAUAUGUUUUUAGGAUGUAUUGAUUUUAUCUUGAAGGUAAAGACGGGACCUUUCGCUGAACAUUCAAAUCAAUUGUGGAAUGUUAGUGCAGUUUCAUCGUGGUCAAAAGUAAACAGUGGACUUACUAAGAUGUACAAAGUUGAGGUACUAGCCAAGUUUCCAGUAAUUCAGCACGUUCUCUUUGGUUCGUUGUUUUCAACAAAAGCAGCACCAAGUGGUACUAAUACGAGAGUACCCCGUCUCAGUCAAAACCCUCCUGCUCCACCCAAGUAAUGAUUCCGAUUUGCAUUGAAAAUAUACAUGUCCCAAUUUGCUGUUGUAGUUUGUAAUAAAGAUAUUUUAUUUAUAAUAAAACUGUACAUUACAAAUUUAAAAUACAGUUCUUUUCAAUAUUAUUAAAUGUUUUCCUAAAGAACUUAUAGAUUUAUUAAACUAAUUACAUGGUUUUACUGAA